GUCACGUUCAAAACCCCCAAAAAAGUCAAAAUUUGAAUCGUGGUCAAAUUCCCAAAUGCGUUCGCUGGUUCGUACGCCCUAACCACCUGCAAUCGGCCACUUGACGAAAACCAUGGAGGGAAAUUACCGAGCCACUCGAAUGGCGGUGCUGAUUCUACUCUUACUCAGCUCAGCCGUGCCGAGUUCACUCGCUUAUCGACCCGGAGACAUCGUAUCGAUGAGCCGCAUGGGGCAAUACCACUCUACGAGGACUGUUUGGCAUGAUAUGAUCGGCAGGCAUUGUCCGAUCUUUGCUGUUAAUCGUGAGACUUUGAUCCCGAUACCCAAACCCACUGGAUAUACUGGAGCUGAUCCUUACAAAAUAUCAUUUCAAGUUGGACAUGAAAAAUUUUAUGUCCCUUGGCUUUUUGUGAUCAACAGGAAGAGUUCAGAAGUUCCAAUGAUUGAGAUGAAUUUGAGGUACUCGGGAGCUGAUUUGCUAGGUGUCACUGCAAAAGUUAUUGAUAUGCCGAACAGCUAUGUAGAACUUCAUCCAGACAUCCGUAAACAAUUUUGGGAUCAGCAACAUUGGCCGAAACAUAUACUUGUCAGAUACACAUGGGAAGAGCAGUCGGAGAUAGAUGUCACUUCUGGAUUCUAUGUUCUCUUUGGAUGGGGGAUGAUACUCUCAUUCAUUCUUGCGAUGUACAUUUUGCAAUCAUCUCGAGAUAAAAUUGCAAGGUUUGUCAAGGAGACAGUGGCCGAAAGCAGCAUGCCAGCUGGAGGUGUUGCUAAAGUCGAAUGAUGUAUUGUUGAAUAUUAACUCGCAUCCCAACUGAAACUGUCACAAGUAUCGAUAGCUCCAUUUUCUCUGCACAUAUCUUGUGUUGGCAUGAAAAAGUGGUUGGGUUCGGUGGGGAGUUGUUUAUUUUCGGGAAAAAAAUGGGCAUCGGAUGGUCGGCCGACUUAUGAAGACCAUCCGAUCUUCAUGGUGAUUUGCGGUUUAUGAAGACCAUUUCUGGACCAUCUAACCUCUGCAACUAUAUACUAUGUUGUCUGAGGAUGCAAUUAAUGAUAAAGUAUUCAAUUUGGACAUAUGAUUAUUUCAUUUGCUUAGCUACUUCUUUAGUAGGCUACAUAACAUUCUAUGAAAUUGAAACUAAAUAAUAAAGAAGGCAUUCAAUAAAAC